CGCAUGCGAUAUGGGCCCUGAUAAGAACACCGGUAGUAUUAGUGCGGACUUUGCUCUUCACUAACAGCAUUUAACAUAAUCUGACUGCAUUGUACCCCAAGUCGACCUUUGCAAACUGAUAAUCGGUGUCUGCACAACGUCAUUUAUGUAUGCGGACCUACGCCAUCGUCUAGUCACAAUAUCAGCGCUGAGAAAGCAUGUACCGUGAACUCGAGGCAGAGCACGUCAACGUCUGCGAGCACUAAGCCACAAUAUCAUUGCUGAGAAAGCAUUCACCGAGCACAUAGGGCUUAUAAUUACCAUGUUUGUGACUGCAAAUAACUGCAUGCACCUGUUCUUCGCUGGCACGUCUUAUCUGUCGCUCCAUUAAUGAUCCUGAUGAUCCUCUGCUGCGACUAUUUCAGAGGAAUUAAAGGCAACGUCUGGUGAGGUGUGUCCCCGGCUCGCUUUCAGCUCACCUGGCGCAAUUUGCUCUCUGUGGAUUAACACUUGUACUCAUAGCGUAGAAUCAUACCAGGGAGACACAGGGAACAAGAAUAAUUCGCGACCUUUGGCCGAGAGAAACAGUGAUGUUUUUCUCGUAACAUGUGACACGACUGUGAACUGCCAGCAAUGACGCGUGACAUUCUGUUGUUAAGGCCUACUUUCGCUCUCCAUAUGGUUCCACUAUUGUGACUUUAUUGGUUAUGACCAUGAUACGUUUGGAAAAGUAAUUGCCUUUUGUAGUUUUGAUUAUUUCAAUGCUUGGUUAAUGUGUUUUUGUUGCACCACCCAUGGCAGAAAACAUGGGAAGCCCUGUUGAAAUUGCUAUAGAUGUGCAUAUAAUGAAGAAGAAAGAAGACAUUAUACAGGAAAAGGAACUCAUUACCAGGACAAUCACUGCCAUUUCAAACUUUGGAAAACGUGGCGUUAUCAAAAUGAAAAACUUACAACGUCAUGGAUGGACAAAAAAGAGGGGACAUGAAAAGGUAACGUCGGGGCACCUGGACCAAUGGAAAAAGAUCGUUGAUCAGGAAGUGGAGAAAUUGCAACUCGAAGGCAGUGUACAUGAAUUCUGCUCCCAACCAUGCGACUCGGAAUACCUGUAUUGCCACGUGAUGCCAGCACCUCGGCCAAUCACAUUUGAUUAUAACCUUCACGUUGUAUCUACUUGCGGCAAAGACGCGAGAAAAGUUCGCAGUUUUGAUGAAGCAGUGGGUUGUUUGACACGCGAAAGAAAAUCAGUGAUCCAGGCUCUACCCACUGCAGGCCUGCAAACAAACAACAAUGCCCAAGUUCAUGCCACCACCCCAACCUUAAAGACUGUCCACUUUAAACUUGUCAGUGUUUUACAGGAAAACGAACAAUCCUCUCUCGACGAAGAAAAAAUGACGAUAAUGCUAGGGGAUGAACUUCCAAAGCUUAUGAGUGCUCUUGCAAACGCCGACGGCGGUGACAUCCUAAUCGAAGAUGGUGAUGGCAUAUUGAAGUUAGCGGACGGGGAGGUGUCUGAGAAAGAUCAAGACAUCAUCACGCGAUGUCUUACGGACUUCUUCAGUCGUAAGAUAUGGGGAAGGAGGAGAAUUGCACCCAAAAGAGGAGACCAUUGGGAAGUCGUUUUUCCAAUUGUAGGUCCAGACAGGGUAGUCUUCACUGUCAGGGUGGACGCUUUUUAUGGCGGCGUCUUUGAGAAGGAGCCGGUGGCCUAUACGUUAAAGAACGAAGGAAAGACAAGUAAGGAAGAUUAUGGCGCAUACGAAAUUGCACAAAUGGACUUUGAGGACUGGUGUAACGCUGUGUUGAAGCGGCAUACUGAAGGAGAGCAGGAAAUCCAGGAUGCGACCAAGAGGCUCCAUAACAUCCAAGCACGUGCCUCGAACCCAGUGUGCAUGUCUAAUGAGAUGACGUCAUACUUUGAUAUCACUCAAAAUCCCACUAAUUAAACAUUGUAGUUGGUUUUUGGGAUGAAUAUGUCCUCUGAAAGACCCCUUUUUCCAUGUCGAUAUCUCAUUACGCUUAGAAAAGCUACAAAAGAGGUACCUUUUUCGAAAAAAGAAAAAUUACCGAGAUUUGCAGUGUCGUUUAGGUUCUGGGAGGAACCUGUGGUAACAACUCGACGUUUUGGUCAGUGUGAUGUGAUCGUCUCCAGGAGAAGGCGGCACUCUGCUGCAUCUUCAAGUACUGACAGAGGGAUGCCCGAUGAAAGUUUGAAGGCAAGAGAGCUGCAAAACUUUUAAAUUAUUUCAAAUGAAAUUUGGGAUCACAUAAUGUUCUCUUUUUGUGAUGAAGUGAUAGUCACAGAUCAAGGUGCUAUAGGUGUGCGUGCAGCUUCAAUGGCAUUGAAACCAGCGUGAAUCUAAGUUUUAAAAUGGCACUUCUUUUUCUUUAGAACUGAAGUAGAUCUUCCCCUUUUUAUUUUUGCCCUGUGAUCUCCUUUUUCUUACCCCCUUGCUACUACCGAGAGUAAAAUAUUACUAUCGUGUACGAACAAAAACAUUUUUAUACAAACACUGCAUUACAUUUCUACAGAAGCUUUUCCUCGGAAUGUAAUUUAUAUAUUCUCCAUAUUUCACCUAGGAAUUAAUUAGUCACUUAUUAAAAAACAUUGAAAGAGAUACCCGGCGUGCUUGAACCAACAAAAUACAAAAUUAGAAUUCUUUUGUGUUAAAUAGAGAUUGGUAAAAAGCUAAAAAUUCUUAUUUCAGCAGUGUUGCUACUUCUUCGAUUCAUACUAUUUUCUGGUAAUAAUCUCUUUUGGAGAAAGGGGGUUGUUGGUUUCACGCAGUUUGAUGUUUGGCAUCAGUGCAAAAUCGUUAUGAAUCUCACAGCAGGAAACCCGUGAAGCCUAGCGGCGCAUGCGCUUGAGGCUGGAACCGGUUGUACCUCCUCACAUGUUUCCACAGUAAGGUUGUCUUGUGACCCGCGGUCAGGGAGGGACAACCCGGAGUGGCAUAUUUCUGGUUAUUUUCCCAUUGGGGAACUAGGUUUACAUGUUCACCUGGACUUGCCUUUGGAUAUUUAAGGAGUUUGAUGUUAAGAAUGGCAAGACACGGUAAAUUCAAUAAUUCAAAAGCCAUUCACUUUGAGAGCAAAAUUACAUAAUUCCACCGAAUACAAAAGUUAAAGGCACGAAAGAUACACGGACUAAAGCCUGUACAACAACAACAAAUACAGAUUGAGUGGCAAAAUGCAUCCUUAUACACGUAGGCCUGUCUGUUUUUUCGUGCAACACAAGAACAGUCAUUUUGCCCGAAAUAACGAAUUUCUAACCACCUCGAACCUUCCUACCAAUUACAAUAUAUUGAUGUGAUGUUAAGAUAAUUAUUAUCCAAGGAUUAGGAGUCUUAAUGAAAUGGUAAAGAUUAUUUCAGAAACGGUGCAAGUUCAUAUCACCUUGCUGUUUACAGAGAUAACUUUAAAGGAUGCAGUAGGGUAGUUUCGUUAAUCUCAGUUUCCAGGAGAUGAAGAUUGAAAAUUGAGGACUGGGAUAAGAUUCAUUUAUACGGUUUGAGUACACUGAGAAAAUUUAACGUCAAAAUGCUCAUAUCUAGUUUAAACCAAAAGUGGUGUUUCCCAACCACCGAUGUUUAGCUCAUUGAAACAGCUAAGAAUCAUUAUUGUUUAUUAUUCCAAUACAAAAUUACAAGGUUGUUAGAUUUGCUUAAUGUAGAGUUAAUUCAACAGGGAACUUGUUACAUUUGUUUUUAUCAGCAUUCAGAUAUCUGUAGUUUCAUAUAGAAUUAUUACCAAAUGAUAAUAGGACUUAGUCUGAAUCAUAACCAGAAUAUUUAUUUUAUAUCGGAGACCAGUCCCCAAAUCCAUUAAGAUAAAUAGCAAAGGAUUUAAUUUUGUGCGACUAUUCUACUCGACAAUAGCUGAUAUAAGUUAAAUAUUAAUUCAAAUGUACCAGUACAAGUUCACAAAUCACACCUCUCACUAAAACACGAUAAAUUUAUUUUCAAAAAAGUGUGAAUUCAUUAUGUACCAUCAUUUUAGCUGUUCUGCUCGAAAUUGAAUUAUUUGCAGUCCAUGUACAAACAUCACUAAUUUCAUUUGAUGGACAUCACUCUGGGAGUUGGGCGGAAGAGGCCCUGUGCACUGAAAACGUAUGUCGUUUAAAGUUUACGACAACCGAAAGGUAGGUUUAACGUGGUCCUUUCUCCAUUUGAAACAGUUUGUGCUUUACCAAAACAUG